CAGGGGGGAGGGGGGCGAGCUCCGGUGACGCGACGCUCACGUGACCAACCCGGCGCAGAUCUGGGCACCAGUCCGGGAGCCCGCCCUCUUCCUUGCGGUCGGAUCCGGAGCGGUUUGCUAGCUCUUAAUUGUUGCUCCAGGUUCUUUCAGGUCUGCGUGUCUGUUCUCAGCACUCUGCAGGGCUAGAAAAGGACGAAUCUGCUCAGAAUUCCUGCAGGACAGGAAAAGGAGGGGAAAUCUCAACAUGGAAAAACUCUGCAAUGAAAAUGAAGGAAUGACUGAGAACCAAGGAAAGAUGGAAUACAAAGAACAGCCACAGGAUGUGGAAGAACCCGAAGUAGAUUGUACUCUGGAAAACCAGGAAAAGUUAGAAAAUGAGAGAAAGACAGAAGAUGAGGAAAUACUAAAGGAUAAAGAAAAGUCAGAAAGUAUGACAAAGCCAAAGGAUGGAAAGCCAGCGGAGAACGAGGGAAAGCCAGCGGAGAGCGAGGGAAAGCCAGCGGAGAGCGAGGGGAAGCCAGCGGAGAGCGAGGGGAAGCCAGCGGAGAGCGAGGGGAAGCCAGCGGAGAGCGAGGGGAAGCCAGCGGAGAGCGAGGGAAAGCCAGUGGAGAGCGAGGGAAAGCCAAAAGAAGAAGGAAAACCGGUGAGUGAGGGAAAGCCAAAAGAAGAAGGAAAACCAGUGAGUGAGAGAAAGCCAAAAGAAGAAGGAAAACCAGUGAGUGAGGGAAAGCCAAAAGAAGAAGGAAAACCAGUGAGUGAGGGAAAGCCAAAAGAAGGAAAGCUAGUGAGUGAGGGAAAGCCAAAAGAAGAAAACUUAGAGAGUGAGGGAAAGCCAGUGAAUGAGGAAAAGCCAAAAGAAGAAAAGCCAGCCAUCGAACCAAGGGCUGCAGGAAAGCGCCCAGCUGGGGAUGAUGUACCCAGGAAGGCCAAAAGAAAAACCAACAAGGGGCUGGCUCAGUGCCUCAAGGAAUAUAAGGAGGCCAUACACGAUAUGCAUUUGAGCAAUGAAGAGAUGAUAAGAGAAUUUGAUGAGAUGGCCAGGGUAGAGGAUGAGGUGAAGAAAACCAGACAGAAAUUGGGGGGGUUUAUGUGGAUGCAAAAAAGUUUACAGGACCCCUUCCACCCGAGGGGCCCAAGGGAACUGAGGGGUGGGUGCAGGGCCCCACAGAGGGGCUUUGAAGACAUUCCUUUUGUGUAGUGCCCUUGGCAGGCAUUUGCCCUGUGCUUUAACCUUAUGCUAAUACUUGCUUUAGCUAUCACUCUGUUAUCCAACUGCAACCCUUGAUGUUUCAGUAGAUUUUUGUCCAUUGCAUGGAAAAAUGUUUAUGGCAUAUUGUAAAAUUAAAAAGAAGAGUUUGAUGAACCAUA